UAAAAAUGGCUCCGGUUAAAGUACCCGACAGUAGAUGGAUUCGAAGAUAUCGCAAAUAUUUAAUAUGUGGCCUGGGGAUUAUGUGUGUUCAGGUGCUUUUAGCGUAUGUCUUUUUCUCCCUGGAUUCCGAUAAUGUAGGGACAAUAUCGGAACCUCGUGAUGUGUCAGGGAAAAGACGCUUAAAUGUGGAGGCAUUCAAUGAAGAUCCAAAUGGAGCUGCAUCGUCCAGAAGAUUUAAAGAAAACUAUCUUGCCUUAGAUGAUGAAGACAUACCCAUGAAUGCCCUUUUCAAUCGUCACAAAGUGCCGCCUGACAAGACAUCAAAUCGUCAAGCUGGUUCAAGCGUAACGAAAAGUGCAAAUGUGCCUAGUGCAUCUGUGACACGGACAGGAGUCAGUUCAGUGAACAAGACAGUGCUCAGACUGGAAGAGUUAGAUUUUAUACCGCUUUGUGAAAUAUCAAACAAAGAGGCAGUUUCUGCCAUUCAUCGUGCUAAAACUCAGCUUUGCAAGCAAGAAAUCGCCAACACAACGUGCCUUAUAAAUGAUUCCAGUUUGUAUCCCAAAACUCUGAAAAUGUCUUGUCCUUUGACAAAAGGCAUCACACCUGGUAAAUCUUUAGGUUGUUUCAAGGAUGAAAAGAACCUAAGAAGAUUAAAUGGAUAUUCUGUUACAUUGAAAACCACAAAUUCUCCAGAACAUUGUAUAAACAUAUGUCUGCAAUCUGGUUUUCCUUAUGCUGGUGUUCAAUAUUCGGUGGAGUGUUUCUGUGGCAAUAACAGACCUGAAUCAAGUUCUCGUUUGCCUGAUUCCUCAUGUAAUAUGAAAUGUCCGGCUGAUCCUCGCAAAGCAUGUGGAGGGUAUUACACAAUUAAUGUGUAUCAAACAGGUAUUCCGAAGUUUACCCCUCAAGUACCAAGCGCAAGCCCACUAAGAAAUGAACCUUCUGCAAGAGUGGCAUAUCUCUUGACUCUGAAUGGAAGAGGGGUUCGCCAAGUCAGAAGAUUGUUUAAAACACUUUAUCAUCAAGACCAUUUUUUCUACAUUCAUGUUGAUGCUCGUCAAGACUACCUUUUCCGAGAACUACUGGUUUUGGAGACACAAUUUCCAAAUGUGAAACUGGCCAGAAAACGCUAUGCCACAAUAUGGGGAGGUGCCUCUCUUCUUCAGAUGUUGCUGUCAUCAAUGACUUAUUUGCUUUCAACUGAUUGGAAAUGGGACUUUGUAAUUAAUUUGAGUGAAUCUGAUUUCCCUAUCAAGUCUAAUACUCAAUUGGUAAAAUUUCUUACUGCCAACAAGCAAUAUAAUUUUGUCAAGUCCCAUGGCCGGGAGGCUCAGAGAUUCAUUCAAAAACAGGGGCUUGACAAAUCAUUCGUUGAAUGUGAAGCACAUAUGUGGAGAAUCGGAAAUCGGCAACUGCCGUGGGGAAUACAAAUUGAUGGAGGUAGUGACUGGGUGGCUCUGUCUCGUACGUUUGUGGCAUUUGUGACUUCUUCAGAACAGGAUGACCUUGUGGAAGGUCUUCUUACUGUUUUUAAACGCACACUCUUGCCUGCUGAGUCCUUUUUUCACACAAUUUUACGGAACUCUAAGUUCUGUGACACCUAUGUUGACAACAAUCUUCAUGUCACUAACUGGAAACGUCGUCUCGGUUGUAAGUGCCAGUAUCAACAUGUUGUUGAUUGGUGUGGUUGUAGUCCGAAUGUAUUUAAGGUUGAUGACUGGAGCCGUCUACAGAGCACUGAGCAACGACAGCUCUAUUUUGCAAGGAAGUUUGAUCCAACUAUUAGCCAGCUUGUUAUUGAUAAAGUGGAGGAAUGGUUGUAUGGUGCCACCCCUAGCAAUCUUCAGAGCAAGUUGAGUUACUGGCAGAGUGUUUAUAAUUACCUGGAUUUGAGCCCACAAGCAGAUGAUGGGUUAUUGACCGUUUCUGCCAGUUUGGCUCGACAUGCUUCUCACAAAGUGGAGAAUGGGGACAGUAGCUGCUCUCUGAAAGUCCUCAAGGUUUUAGAAGUUACUUCAUACUUUCACAAUGAUUCAUACAAAGGAUCUUUAGUCAGAUUUGAAGCCACUCAAAGUUCAACUCAGGAAAUUUUAGAGCUGGAGACAUGGGUGUCCCCAAUAUCACAAUUUAAUAUAAUAAGGAAAAACCAAGUUACAAUUCGUUUAAAGUCCUUGUUGAUAAGCUCUGAGUAUGAUAUGAAAGAGCAGAUGUCUCGCAACUUUCUGCGAGUGUUGGGCCCAUUUUCUGACCCUGUCUUAGUUGCCACUUUGGAAUCCAAUGCAACGGGAGCCAUAAGUAAUAACAUGACAUUUCUGUGGAUAGACCCUACUGGCCAGCUGGCUGAAGUUUCUGAAAUGCAUAUUGAAUAUGGGCAUCUGGUCGGCUAUGUCAAACCAUCUCUUCAAUCUCCAUUGUUACCUGGAGUUUGGGAUGUACGGUUGGUGAGGAAUGGCACAGUUUGGGCAAGAGUUCAGUUCCUUGUGUCUCCUCUUGAAAUAAUGUCAGGUGUGCCAAUUACUCAACAGCAGACAGGUUUUGUCCAUAGUGGUCCAGGUGCCCCAUACAAGCAUGCUCACCUUGCUGGGGAAUGGGAUCCACUUCUUGGUUCCACAGUGACUUCUCGGCUAGCCGCAGAAAGGAAGGCACUUGCUAAUGCACGUCGCUUUGGGCAAGACUUGCUGCAGUGGAUAGAUGGACUAACCCAAAGAUUUUAUUCAGUUGUUGACACUUGUGUUUCAACGUCAUCUUAUGCGAAGCUUCAGGCAUCGUCUUGUGCUUCUAACUGGGGCCUUGAACCCUGUGUGGCAACAAUGUGGAGCUCUUUCACACCAGAUCCAAAAUCAAAAAUAAUGGAGAUGGAUUUCAAUACUGGAGGUUUAAAGAGGUGGUGACACGAAGAACUGUUUUGUUGAGUUGAUGUUAAACCUCAUCUCAUCAUAAACAGUUCAUCCAUAUUACAACUUGACAGUUCCAAUUUUAAUUUUUGUUCUUCCCAAUCUUUUUAAUUCUGAAUAUACUGUAUUUACAACCAUUGAAUAUUGUAUCUACUGAAAACACAGGUGUAGAUCUGCAUCCAUGUUUUUGAUUUAUUACUUUGUCCUAGCUUUACAGUGGACCUUAAUGUCUGCAUUUUAAAAGUUUGAAAUGGUAUUUUGACUCUGACUGUUGUUAUACAAACUAUUCUCCCAGAUUUUUCUUCUUAAUCCUUCAAAUGAAAUCAACUCUUAAUUUCUUAGAUCUUUAAUGAAAUAUGGACUCUUUUGCUUCUUGUGUCUUCUGUCUAUUUGAACACUAUUCUGUGAAACCAUGUCUUUUCAGUAAUUAGUAUUCCUUACUUGGAAGUUCUGUGUACAGAAAUUGUUGAGGAAAGGGGGGGAUCGAGCCAUGCUUUUUGCUUACAUUCCUGUGGAAUGUGUUGCAAUUUGCCUUCUUUCCAGGCAACUGUUUAGUGUAACAAAAAGUUGUUUUUUUUUUUUUUGAAAAAAAGGGGGGGGGUCUGACUCCCCUGGCCUCCCCUCUGAUCAUGUCACUGCUUCCUUGUUAUCAUGAAUCAUGUUCCCCUUGAUUGAAUAUUUGCACUUCCUUUUGUCAUGUACUUUUAAAUGUUUUUCUAUGUAAAAGCACUUUACGAUUUUGUUCUUUUUGCAUAUUUCCUAGUGGUCUGUUGCAUUACUAAUAGAUUGAUUGGGGGAAACAAUCUUAGUCAAUUCCUUUCAUAAACUGAAAUUAUAUUGUGAUAAAAUAAUUUGCCAUAUUUUACAAUUUGCUUUGUGCCAUCUGGGUGAGACUUAUGCUGUAUCUGUUUGUUUUGGUAUUAGCAUUUUUAUGUGAUUGGAAGUGAGAUUUAAAGUGACUAAUAGAAUGUACGAUCACUUCUUCAACUGAUUAAUUUGUUUGGUGAUUCUACAUGGCAUUUCAUAAGUACACAAUUGUACUUAUUUCUCAAUUGUAAAUUUAGCUUAGAUGACUUGUGUGCAACCUGACAACAGAUUUUGUAAACAUUAUGUCAGUGAUUUUAUUUUUACGAAGUUUUGUUGUUGCACUGUGAAAUUACCUUAUUAUUAAGAACAUAUCAAUGUUUAUUGUUCAUGUGAUGCUAGUGUUCACGAAGCCGGCACUAAAUAAGAUUUGGCACUACAAAUUGCCCUCAGAGCGGUCUUGUUGUGCCUUGCAAUAGGUUUAAGCUAGUGGCUAGACUCAUAUUACAUAAUUGAUUUUUUAACUGAAGGUCUUUCCUCUUUUUCUAUCUAAUGUUUUAUAUAUACAGUAUUUGAACUGAUUUUUUUUUCUAUGUGACCAUAUAAGAAUACAUUAUCUCUAGUCUGCUCCUACCUAACUCACAAAAAACAGGGGCAUUUGUGAUGGUAAUUUCAGUCUUGCAUGGUAAAGUGACUGGUUUGGCUAUACAUAUAUGACUGCUGUAAGAUUUUACCUUUGUAGCUUGUUGCAAUAGAGACUGUGGACCAUUGUCUCUCUUUUGAUCAAAGCAAUAACUUGUGUAAUUUAAUACAUAUCGAUUAUGUCAAUACAUCUAUUUAUAUUUAAAAUAUUUUGAAAUUUUGAUUCUUGUUUGAUAUGAAUGUUGUAUUUAUUUGUAAUCAAUUAAUAUAGUGGAACUACAACUGACUGUUUUCCAAGCUUUGUUUGGUCAAUAGUUGAACAUAUCCCUGUGAAUGCCAGUCUAUUCUCUCAUUCAGUCAUUUUUGAAGAGUUAAGGUGCAUUGAGGUUUUGUAAUGUUUUCCAGUGAGUGCCAUUGCACUGUGUGUUUUAUCUAUUGUGGAACAUAUAUCAGCCUAUCAAUAAUUUUCAUAGCUUGAGCCUGCAGUAUUAAUCCAGAUGAAUAUGGGGUUGCCAUAAUUUGUCAUCAGGAGAUAUCACAUUUGCAUAAGAAUUGUUCGGCAGGGUUGGAAAUCUACAAUUAUUGCAACAAUUUUACCUCCUGCCAGCCAGCUUGUGAUACAUUUUCUUGAUGUUCGAAAGAUUAGAAUAACAAACUAUACCGUAUCGGGUCAAGACUGAAGUAAAAUUGUUUACAUGCUUUGAUUUUGUCAGUAAGUAUGAAGUAACUUACAGAAGUGUUCCAGUUGGGGCAAAAAUGCUGUUAGUUAAUCUUCUGUAUGCAGCUCCUCUGUACAUGCCUCUGUCCUAUGUGACAGACUGCGUAUAAGAAUGACAGAGUUUCUGCAUGAGAUAGUUUCUGCUCCCACCACAUACAGAAUAAACUAUACUUGUUUUGAAGAGCUAUUUUGUUUCUAUGUCUUAUCUUUAUUUACAUGAUGACUGGAGCAUUGAGCUUUCUUGAAAGAAAAUAAUAUUUUUGUGCUGUACACAUGUGUUUAUGAAAUUUUUACAUAAAGCCUUACUUUCUUCCUUUUUAAAUGUAUCUUAUUACAGUGGUUUAUGAGUGUUGAGUGUAAAUUUCUUUCUUUCUCUAAUCUGUCGUGUGUUUGACUAAAGUUCGCCUCUUCCCUCUUUGUUAAAUAGUUACAAAUCAUCACUUGUUAAUACGCAAUGCACUUCACUUCAUCGCUCUCAGACAUCUUAAAUAUUUAUUCCUUAAUUUUCAUAAAAAUGGAAAUUAGUAACUUGACUUGCAGAAAAGUCUUACUUCUUUUCUGUUAUCUCUUCUUGUAUCUUCCUCACGCAAUGUCUUUCAUAUUGGAGGUUGUUAUAUGAGUAAUUUUUACUGAAUUGGACCAAUUAAUGUCCAUUAUAUGUAGUUGUGAACAUAUCAAAUGCAAGUGUAUGUUGUGUAAAUUUGACUCCAUGUUUAAGAUCAAUGUUGUUAAAAUAAAGUAUUAUUAUUUGUAAUGUUAA